CAUACGGUAGCACCGUGCUGUCAAACUACACAUCAGCUGUUUUCGUUUACAUUUUUUUUUGUGUUGUGGAUUUGCUAUCAAACUCCUGGAUUGGCCAGCGUCCACUAUUUUGGUCGAUAUAAGCUAUUACGCGCUAUAUAUCUUAUCAACAAACUGAUUAUCCGUUGAUUUCGUUAAAGUAUAAAAGCAUUAUUAUCUCCCCUUUAAUGAUACUAAUCAAAGUUUACUAAGAGUUAUUAUCAGCGAUCGCCAUGGAACCGCUUGAAGGAAUAGGCAGUGAGUUCUGCGCCACUGGCACGACAGAAUCACAGUACCUUUGUUCGGAAAAGCAACGUUUUUUGAAUAUGAUUUUGAAUCGGACAUCAUAUACGGGGCAUGCUGAUAUUUAUGAUAGAAAGUCAUGGGAAACCUUCGCACAUGUGUGGCAUAUUCUGUGGACAAUCGCGCCGGUUGUAUAUUUCUUUGCAAUUGCGCGAAUUGUUGGGCAAGCGAUUGAAAAAAGAGUUCCUCCGCAUGCUGUAUGCCGAUUUCUUAUUGAGUUUGUGUUGAUCGUCGUACCAACAGUGCUAAUUGUGAAUGUGCUCAACAGCUAUGUUGGCUAUGUGAUGAUAUUUUUGUGCGUCUUUUCGUUGGCCGCAUUAUAUGUGGUUUAUGCAAAGAAAAAGCAAAAUCGGACGUACAAUUUGGGUGGCAGCCGUCCAUUUGUAUUAACACUUGAUCGUGCAACUAUCAACCUGCUUACGGCGCUAUGCAUACUCGCUGUGGAUUUUGAAAUGUUUCCAAAACAUUUUCGAAAAACGCGUCGCUAUGGUGUUGGCCUAAUGGAUGUUGGUAUUGGGUUAUUCGUUUUUGCAAUGGGCACUGUCUCACGACCACCCACGAAAGUUGCACAUCUUAAGCAAACUUUAUGGACUGUCGUACCGUUGCUGGUGUUGGGUCUCAUGCGUACCCUGGUCAUAAUGUUAAUUAAUUACGAACAAGAUGAACAUGAAUAUGGCGUACAUAUGAAUGCCUUCUUUACAUUGGGUCUUACAAAGUUGUUUGGCUGCCUUAUUAGUGGACUUGUUAGACAUAGAUUCACACAUUUAAUAGCUGGUUCAGCUCUUCUAGCACUUCACGAAUAUGGACUUCAGCAUACCGUGUCUACCUUCGUCAUGAAUUCAGAUAUACCACGCGACACACUGCUCAGAGCCAAUCGUGAGGGUAUUUGUUCACUACCAGGUUUCAUAGCACUCUAUUUGUUAUCCAUAUAUAUUGGGCAGUGUCUUCGUCUUGAAGACAAAGUUCUGAGCUACCGAGUGUUCAUAAAUAAAUUAAAAGUAUUAGGUGUGGUAAACAUUGGAAUGUGGCUCUUGGUUGCUGGAUGCAUUUUUACAGUUUCAAUUGCGCGAGUUACCUGCAAUUACGGCUAUGUCAUAUGGAUUUUGGCUGUUGCCCUAACAAUGACUUUCCUCUUUACGAUGGUAUUUCAUUUGAUUUUAAAUUCAUUAUGUUCUAACUAUGAUAGAAAAGCAGUGAACGAGAGUAGCGAAGUAGAAGGAUUGGAUAAUUCUACAGAGGUGACGACAUGCAAUGCAAAUACUUUGCCUGUGCUAGUGGAGGCGGUUAACAUGAAUGGGCUUGUAUUUUUUCUAUUGUCUAAUGUGCUCACUGGCGCAGUUAAUAUAUUUCUGCAACCAAAAAAACGAAGUGACUUCGAAAGUCUGCUUAUAUUAAAUAGUUAUAUGUUAAUCACGACAGGUUUCGUUUAUGUACUCCAUCGUCUUAAAAUUCGAAUAGCAUAAUUGAAUUUGUAUUAUUAUACUAUUUAGUUAUUUAUGCGUGUACAAAAAUUGACUUCUUAUCACAUUAGAAUUAAACGUUUGAAACGUAAAUGAACAUAUUACUGCAAUAAGUUAGAAUACAUACUUUUUGAGCGUAUAUGUAUUUUUUCACACAGAAGCAUUUAUGAAAAUGCAAUACAUGGUCUCAGUUGAUUAGAUUUUAUAACAGUUUUACUAUGCUUUUAAUGUUUAAGCUCGACUUAUUAAAGUAGAUAUCCUUUUAAUUAUUUGGAAAAUUCAACAGUGAGUUUUGGUGGGUUUUAUUCACCGUUAACUUUAUCUUUCAGUUGUAAGGCAUUUAAAUAUAUUUAGUUAUUGAUCUUGUUAUACAUGCUUUUGUAAAAAUAAACUACUAAA